UGAUUAACUGUGAACUCGACAUGAAGACGUGACGUGAGUUUUACGAGUGUACAGGACUGUAUGAGUUGGUUUGUGGACAAAUUGCAGGAAAUGCAGACUGAUUUAAAUUUGAACAAGGAAUACAUGUUAGCUAUCAAGAUGUCCACAUAUUCUGCUGCUGUGAGCUUUUCAGAUGCUUUACAGCUUGAGACAGUAUCAUCAUUUGGUGAUCAGUACGGAGAAGAAUGUUAUAAGAAAUACAAACCUGACCAGAUGUGUGCUAAUAAACUCUUCUGUUAAAGGGGUUCAGGGACAAACAAGCAGCAUCUGUGCAUUAAAAGGUUCAUCAGUGGAUCUGACCUGCUCACCUCAACAUCCCACUUCACCCAUGAAAUGGAUACACUGGGAUGGAUCUGCAAAUGUUUGGAAUGAACUCGCUGCAGAUGGAAAUCGUGUAACGUACAACAUGUCUGAAGAGAAUCACCCAACUCUAACAAUCAAAGAUGUUAGAGAAAGUGAUCAAACCAUUUAUUGCUGCAGAGAGAAAACCUGGAAAACCCGCUGCUGGUACGAUCAGAUUCAGCUGCAUGUUACAGAGCUGCAGGUGAAGGUGAUUCCCACCACAGAGGGACACACAGUAACACUGAUGUGUAGCACCAGCUGUCCUCUGACUGGAAACCCUGCAGCCUACAUGUGGUACAAGAACAGAGAGUUUCUCUAUCAGGACUGGUCUCCCUGGUACCAACAGCUGGUCAGCAGUGAGGAAGCAGUCAGAUACUCCUGUGCUAUCAAAGGCUACGAGGAUCUCAGAGCCCCUGAAGUCUCAGUGGAUUCUGUCACAUCAAGCUGCUUUAAGGUGACCUAUGCUGGAGGCACAAUGUGUUCUUCUCAGCAGACAUCAGUGGAUGAGCCCUGCUCCAUCACAUAUCCAACAGAAGUACAUGUUCAAAAGACUCCUGCACAGCGUGGUGUCACACUGAGCUGUCAGACCGUCUGUCCUCUGAGUGACGCCCACACUGCCUACAUGUGGUACACAGGAGGAUUCAGAUACUUGGGCAGUAAACAGUUUUCACGUUCCCGGUCCUCUCAUGAAAGCUUCUCCUGUGCUGUCGAAGGCCUUGAGGAUCUGCUGUCUGCUCCCGUCUGUCUUGAUGAUUAUUGGAACUGCUGGAGUGUGAAUUAUGUCAGCAGGAGAAUCUGCACUCUGAGAGGCUCUUCAGUCAACAUUUCAAGUGAAUAUUCUCAUCCCAACCAGCAGCGACCAAAAUCUAAAUCCUGGUAUAAAAUAAAUAGAAGGGGGACUAAAAGAGAUGAAGAGAAGAUGAAGCCUGCAGGUCGAGUGAGUUACCACGACAACAUGAAGAACCUCCACAUCCUGACAAUCACUAACCUGACUGAGAAUGACUCAGCAGAAUACACAUUCAGACUUCAGCAACAAGAUAGACGAUGGAAACGAUCUGAUGUUCUUGGAGUGACUUUGGUUGUCACAGGUGUGAAAGUGGACUUCAGUCCUUCUGCAGUGGUGACAGAAGGUCAGAGAGUCACACUGACCUGCAGUACCAGCUGUCCUCUGACUGACGACACAAACUACAUCUGGUACCUGAACAGUCGACCUCUGACCCUGCCACAGGACCAAAGCAAACACCUGCUUCUAGACCCAGUCAGCAGGCAGCAUGCAGGAAGCUACUCCUGUGCUGUCAAAACCCUCCAGAUCAUCAGCUCUCAUGAAAACACUCUCACUGUCCAAAGUGUAGCAGGAAACUGGACAGCAGCAGCUGCAGGAGUCGGUGCUGCUCUCCUGGUUUUAACAACCUCUGCUGUUUUCUGGUGGAUUUGGAGAAAGAGGACUUCAGCUCAGUCUCCUCAGCAUGAAUCAACAGACAACAUGGAGCAGAUAAACCCUGGUCCUUUGUAUGAAAACAUAUCAGCUCAACCAGCAGAGCCAGAGGAGCUUUACUAUGAGACAGUCCACGUUUCUAAGACCCAGACAGAUCGCUCCACUGUCCAACCACGUCAGCCCCAAGAACAGGAGCUCGUAACUUAUGCCGUGGUCAACUUUGGAUCCAGGGGGACCCUUGAGUGAGCAUCUCUUAACUUAGCGACCGAUUCAGGAUCUGCUUUGUGGCCUUCCUCAUAUAAUCAGUGGUACUAUUUUAACAACCUCCAUACACAGUGACGUGUUGAGGGCAACUUUUCUGCCUGAUAAUCCUGACUUUUCACAUUUCAAGGCUUCUCUCUAUUAUUUCAAGGCUAAUGUGGACCAGGAGUCCCCAAAAAUCCCUGAGCCUCACAAGCAAGUGUUUGUGUAGAAACAGUAAUGCCUCAUAUCAGCUGUGUGCUAAAAAGACAAAUGUGUAAAUCAUUGCCUGAGUCAAACCGUCAUUGUCAGGGGUGCAUGAGUGUUUGACGUUCCUGUUGUCACACCAGUUGUUGUUCACCAUCAGACACACACACUUCACCUCCCCUUGAUUUACCAGACUCGCCUGUCCUGUCCUUGCGGUGAACUGAGAAGAACUCCGCUGGUUGACCGGCGUGGUCCGGAGUCAGGGGGGUCAGCCAUGUCUCAGUGAGGCAGAUGACAUUACAGUCCCGUAUAUCCCUCUGGAACUUUAUUCUGGCCCUGAGUUCAUCACGCUUGUUUUCCAGUG